AUGCUAUCGAAAUUUCUGUCCCCAGCUCUCGUGGUCGGCAAUGUAAUCCACUGCUCGGGCCAACUCCCCAUCGACCCGAAGACAGGCAGGCUAGUGGCAGGAAGUAUCCAAUCCCGCGCAGCGCAAGUCCUCCUGAACCUCAAUAUCAUUCUCACAGCCGCUGGCUCGAGCUUAGACUGCGUGAUCGAACUCAGCAUCUUCUUGACCGACACACGCGAUUGA